GUCCCUGCAGGGGAAUAAAUAAGUCAUCAACACAUGCAGCAGCGGCAUUAAGUAUCAAAUAAUUAUGAUGUUGUCAGGAAAAGUUUAGAGAGGAUCAGACACACGCGCUCCAACGCCAGCUGCAGUCGCUCCACUUCCCCGUGACGUACGGUAGGAGCCGCCUUUAAAAGAUGCUGAAGAGGAGCGGAGCGCGCUUUGCAGCGUGUAGUCUUCACCGUGAGCGCGAACUACGGGCAAAUACCAGCUGGUGUGUGCGAAGUGAACCCGGGGGUGACUUGGCUCGCGCACAUCCGGUGAGCAGCUGGAGGAGCGAUGCGCAAAAGUGACAGGUAGAACUUUGGCUGCGUCGUGUUUUCACCCGCCGCGUCCUCGUCUUCUUGUUUUUUUUUUUUUUUUUUUGGGAAGCCACGUGCGCUGCACAUCAAGAGAGGAACGUUGUUUGUCCCACGAUAUAAAGUCCAAAAGGAAAAACAGCAUGAAGAAAGACUUACGAAGGUGAGAGGACUUUAAAAGAACCGAACCGGCUCCGGAGUGAAGAGGAACCCAGAUGAAUGGACCUCAGGAUGUUUUCUGGCCUGGACGCGCUCAACUACAGCGUCAACCUGAGCGAUGACCGGGAGCUGAUGGACCCACCGGGGGACCGGAAGCUGUCCCCCGCCGGCUUCGCGGUUCUGUCCGUGAUGCUGGGCCUGAUCAUGACGUUCGGCUUCCUCAACAAUUUCGUCGUCCUGCUGCUCUUUUGCAAGUUCAAGAAGCUGCGCACGCCGGUGAACAUGCUGCUGCUGAACAUCAGCGUCAGCGACAUGCUGGUGUGCAUGUUCGGAACCACGCUCAGCUUCGCGUCCAGUAUCCGUGGACGGUGGCUGCUGGGACCCAGCGGCUGCAACUGGUACGGCUUCAUCAACUCCUGCUUCGGUAUUGUGUCACUAAUAUCUCUGGUGAUCCUCUCCUACGACCGCUACAGCACGCUGACGGUGUACAACAAGCGGGGCCCAGACUACCGCAAGCCCCUCCUGGCCGUCGCCGCCACCUGGCUCUACUCCCUGUUCUGGACGGUGCCCCCCCUGCUGGGCUGGAGCAGCUACAGCACGGAGGGCGCGGGAACCAGCUGCUCCGUGUCGUGGACGGCCCGCACGGCGCAGUCGCACGCCUACAUCAUCUGCCUGUUCACGUUCUGCCUGGGCCUGCCCGUCCUGGUGAUGAUCUACUGCUACGGCAGGCUGCUCUGGGCGGUCAAACAGGUGGGAAAGAUCCGAAAGACAGCAGCCCGGAGGAGAGAGUACCACAUCCUGUUCAUGGUUCUGACGACAGCGGCCUGCUACCUGCUGUGCUGGAUGCCCUACGGCGUGGUGGCCAUGAUGGCGACCUUCGGGCCGCCCGACAUCAUCAGCCCCGUGGCCAGCGUGGUGCCCUCCCUUCUGGCCAAGAGCAGCACCGUCAUCAACCCGCUCAUCUACAUACUCAUGAACAAGCAGUUCUACAGGUGCUUCCUGGUCCUGUUCCACUGCAAACACUGGUCAGCGGAGAACGGCAACACCUCCGUGGCCUCCAAGACCACGGCCAUCCAGCUGAACCGCCGCGUGGGCGACGGCGCCGUGGCCUGCGGCGUCCACGUGGGCCCCGUCGGGCUCCCCCCGUGCAGCGCGGCGGCCGUCAAGAACACGACCGCCCCCGAGGUCACGGCCUGAGGCCCGAGGCGGCGGCGGCGGGGCGGCACCGGCCCGCUGGGACAGAACACGCCCUGUUGGGUGAUGGUUCCUCUCUCUGGGUUUUUUGCUGGUGCAUUCCCACAGAAUAAUGACGACGGCAGGGAUUUUGUUGAGCUCAGGAACAACGUGAGGUCGGAUGUCGAUGCCGGCUGAUAAGUCCUGCCUCACAGCCGGCGUCCCUGUUCAUCCCAAAAUGUGUUUGAUGGGCUCAGAUUGGAGCUCUGCAGGUUUUUAAAGGAACCGGGAAAUGAAAUUCCUCAAAUCUGCCGAGCUGUUGUGGGAGCAUUUCCCUGUGUAAAUAACUCGGCAUGAUAAGGAUUCAAAUGUAGCUGUAACUCAUUUAAUUGUCUUUAUUAUUGUUGAAAUGUAAACUAAUGAUCUUGAGGUGUUUAAAUUAUGAUUCUUUUACUACUAAUAUUUAACUACCUGUUCAUUUUCCACGUUUAGUGAAUCAGUUUUUGUCUAUGAUGAAGAUAAUUGUAUUACAUUCUUUACAAGUCCUCUUACAAUCAUGUUUAUUGUCUUUAUAUUUAAUGUUAUUGUGUUCAGGAUGUAAGAUUUCCAUGCAUCGAGCCUGACGCAUAUUGUCUGUUGUUGGUCAUUUGCUGUAAAUGCCAAUAAGCCAAUAUUUAAUGUAGUCACUGCUGUUUUGAUCCUCUGGAGCGAUUUAGCUGUAAAUAUCAGCACUAACCACACACAGACCUGUUUGUCCCAUUGGCACAUUGGACAUAUAAUAUUCUAUAGAUUUGACGAUCCUGCAUGGAUCAAAACAGUUUGAAAUGUGGGUCAGUUGAGCUCAAGUGUUGUCUUUGCUAGAUUUUCUUUUGUUCUUGGUAAAAAUGUGAGCGCCUGUGUUUAUGUGACAGCGUCUGUAUUUCAGGCUUGUUUUAUCUGUAAUCUGCGUGUAGUGUGUUGCACAUAAUUCACUGCGUUGUGUUCACAAUAACCUUGAUAACAUUAUUGUGAACACAAUAAAAGACAUAUGCGAUGGA